AUGCCGAACAAGUGGAAAGAGCAGCCAUUGUACAGUAUGCCUGUGCUGUUCAUUCCCGGAAACGCCGGCAGUUUCGCGCAGGUGCGUAGCCUUGCAUCGAGUGCAUUUUAUCAAUACUGGACGAGAAAUGGCCAUGAUCCUCGCCCCGAUAUGGAGGAUGUGCUAGGCCCCACCGUCUGGUAUACAGUGGACUUUAACGAAGACUUUUCUGCGUUUCAUGGUGGCACCUUGGAAGAUCAGGCUUUCUUUGUGAACGAAGUGCUGCGUUAUUUGCGCGCACAGUAUGACAGUGUCCCACCGGAAGAUGAUGCUGCCUCUUCGCGACGCUUUAGCGAUGAUCGGAACACCACAAUCGGGAUUGUGGGCCACAGUAUGGGCGGCAUUGUUGCGCGAUUGGCUAUGACGCUGCCGAACUACCCUGUUUCGUCUGUCGAUACUAUCGUCACGCUCUCGACGCCACAUGCGUACCCGCCUGUUCCGUUUGAGCGCUCGAUGGAUCGCGUGUACGACCGAAUCCAUCGUCACAUGCGUGAUGAGCCGCUUAUCAUCUCUUUGGCUGGCGGCUUGCUCGAUACGCAGCUGUCAUCGGACGCAACGUCGCUCACACUCGAUGGCCAUGGCUCACCUAUGUCACAUCUUUCUUCCUUCACGACAUCGGCAGCAUCGCUCUGGAGCUCAACAGAUCAUCUGGCAAUUGUGUGGUGCGACCAGCUGCGCUAUCGCAUCGCUCGACAAGAGCCUAGCGCUCGCGACGGCGGACUUGAUGCCAACAUUGAUGGUAUUUAUGAGAUCUAG